AUGUUAUUGACGACGCGUCGAGUGGUGCGCACGGCUGCUUCUGCUGCUGCAAGGACGCUUGACAAGUCGAGUAAUGUGGUUGACGGAAAGAAAAACUUCAAACUCUUUGCAUCAAAGGGUGACAGUGACUCGGACUCAGAUUCUAGCUCGGACUUCGAUUCAGACUCAGACAGUAGUGACUCGGAGCCUGAUAAUGAUGACGAUAACGUGCGAGAAGUGGAAGAAUUACUACCAAUUGAUGAAGAAGGUAUUUCGACUGCUGAGCGACGGCGCCGUCUUGAUGCAUUUCUGAACCACAAUGACGAGUUUUUUGAUGAGGAGCGCUGGGGCGCCCAGGAUGGCGAGAAGUGGUUUGGUUUUGAUGGAAAUAUUGACGCUGUGACUGAUGAAGGCGUUCCUACAUGGCUACAGUCGGUGCGCAAUAUGAUUACCGUCGAGGAAGAACGUGCUAUUCGUGCAAAGUCGGCACGUAUUGCUUUCCAUGAAGCCCGCCACAAGAUUGUACGUGUAAAAAAAGUGGAUGAAAAGGGACGCGCUUACGGCACGGGUCGUCGUAAAACUAGCGUCGCUCUGGAGCAGAUUGGUGGUUUUGACGUGUACUCUACGGUUAAGGGAGGAGGUAUGACAGGUCAGGCUGGUGCGGUGCGUCAUGGUAUUGCUCGUGCGUUGGAGAACUUUGACCCGGAGUUCCGUCCGGCCCUUAAGAAAGCGGGGCUGAUCACGCGUGAUCCGCGUAUGGUUGAGAGAAAGAAGGCUGGUCAGGCCAAGGCUCGUAAGAAAUUCCAGUGGGUCAAGAGAUAG